AUGCUCUCGUUGUUCAGAUCUCGACCGACGGCAUCUCCCACAUCUGUUGCGACCGAUCCCUUGAACAAGGCACUGCAAUCCUUCCAGGAAACCUUGGAUCCAGAGCAAAGAGCAAAGUUGCAGGCCAUCAAAGCAGUCCCGGACGCCCAUGCAGUCGCAGAGUUAACUCAUCAGCUAGAUCAGGAGAACGCCAGGAGAAAGAGUCGCUGCGUAGCUGCGCGUAUUUCACCUCUGCUCGAGUCCCUCCAGCAGUUCUCGGGAAUCGUUGAGACAUUUGUUUCAUCGAACCCGCAGAUUGCGGCGUUGAUUUGGGGCAGUAUUAAGCUUGUGUUGCAGAUUGCAUCUAAUUUCACGACUUACUUUGACAAGCUGUCAUCUUUAUUGAUGACCAUUGGCAAGCGCUGCCCAAGACUCCGCGAAUACCAAUCACUUUACGGGGGUUCCAUUGGUCUACAAAAGGCGCUGAGUAACUUCUAUUCUGUGGUCGUACGCUGUUGUGAGCAAGCGGUCAAAGUGAUUCGUAGAUCAGGAUAUACACAACUGCUCAGAGCUGUGACAGGAUCAUUCACUUCGGAUUUUGAACCGCUAUUGCUCCAGAUCAAUCAAACCAGCGAGGAGGUGGACGAAGCAAUCCACCUGGCCGAAGCAAAGCUGAACCACAAUGAGAGACAACUUCAAACUCUGGAAAGACAAUCAAACGAAAAAUACCGGCGGAUAAUAUUCGCAAACAGCAGACAACGAGAAAAAUCCGAAGCCCAUAUGGCAGCGCAAAUGCAACUAGAUCGGCAAAGAGUCCGCCAGGCCGCCGUGCUUGAUCGUCUGUCAAGUUAUGACCAAAGACUAGCGUUUUGCAGAGCUCGAACUCAGCGGCACGGCUCCACCGGGCAGUGGCUCGUACAAACCAAUCAAUUUAUGGACUGGAUCACCGGAAACGACCCUUGUGUGUUCUGGUGCCAUGGAAAACUUGGCUCUGGAAAGACAGUCAUGACUGGUUAUGUCGUAGAAUACCUGGCUGCGAAGCACAAUCAAGUCUCUGAGAAGAUCGUGUACUUCUUUUGUCAACACGACGAUGAGACCUCCCUAAAAGCAGCGACUAUCCUAGGAUGUCUUGCAAGACAGUGCUUAGACCAAGAUGUUAACACGUUCAACGCGCUUGAGUCUGAAGCUGUGGCCUUGUCGGAAGAUCCUCAGGACAUGAGAAGACUUGUGGAUUUGCUUUGUGCCGUAGUCAAAAGGACAGGUCGCAUCAUCAUUGUCUUUGAUGGCCUUGAUGAGUGUCCAAACAAGGAGAUGAUGUUGGUUCUCAGAGUAUUCCACAACAUCAUGCACCAAAACCCGGCAGGCCUCAAGUUGUAUAUUGCAGGGGAUAGCCGUAUCGCUGAUCUCGUGGGAACGCUUCUGAAUCCGCGUUAUAUAGUGAGCACACACAGUCCCAAAGGAGCAACAGAUCUGCAAGACAUCGUUCAACAGUUGGUGGCUACCAAGAGAGAUGACGGAGAUUUUGUGGUUAGUGACAAUCGAUUGUAUCAGGAAGUUGUUGACGCGUUGUCCGCAGGGACCCAGGGCAUGAUUCUUUGGGUCAAGUUCCAACUCGAGGAUAUCUGCCGACAAAAGACAGACGAAAGCAUUAGGGCAGCACUGAGACAUCUCCCUAGAGAUCUUUCCGAAACUUACGCCAGACUGCUCUCGAGAAUCGACCACGAAGGCAACACUGAUAUAUGUGCCAAAGUAUUCCGAUGGAUGUCUGUGGUCAAGAGACCACUCCAUCUGGAGGAGCUUCGAGAGGCCAUCUCUGUUGAGCCCUGCCAGCCAUGCUUCAAAGCAGAACGCUUGAUCAACAAUAUUAAAGGAUUGCUCCAGUGGUGUCACGGACUCAUCAUGCUAGACGAGCAAGACGACGUCCUGCAUUUCACACAUUCGAGUAUCAAAGAAUUUCUUUGCAGCGAUGCAGCGCAAGAACCCAUGUCCUCAGAUUUUCGUGUAACUCUAAAAGAAGCCGAACUCGAGGUUGGAGCCGUGUGCGUCAUGUAUUUGAGCUUCACGGACUUCAAGACACAACUCAUCAAGCGACCUGCGCAAUCAAGACAGCCGAAACCCAUGAGUCCCAUGAUUAUGGUUGACCAAGCUUUGACAACUAACAGUUCCAACAAGCUUUUAAGUACAGCAAACGUUUUCAUGGGGAGUCGAGUCAAACCUGCGUCCGUGAACGCAAGCAUUUUUCGGCCUCAAGCGAGCAACUCAUCAACCAGGCCGGUAGUAACGUUUCGCUUGUUUUCAUAUGCCGCCUCAUCAUGGCUUCUGCAUACUGCGGAUCUGUCGCCUGAACAAACCUCAUUGUGGUGCUUAUGGAAGGCUCUCGUGGCAGGCAGUAACGAUGCCAUCGAACGACCCUCUCUCCUAUCGUCAAUUGAGCACUGGUAUCAUGUUACCUCGGGAGCAGCUCUACGCAAGUUCAUCUUCUCCGUCAAGCAUCACGCCCUGUUUUACCUUUGCUCAACAGAAUACAUGAACCAAGAUGUCGUGUCUCCACGCUUCCAGGCCCUCUUACUGACAGAGGCACUCAAGGACGAUUGCGCGUCCUUUAUCGAGCCCUUCCUGGAUACCACAGGAUAUGUCGCACGAGCCAUGUGGUUGAAGCAUGCCCUGAUCAUCUCAGAUGACGAUGCGAUCGUGGCAUUAGUACUCUCGGGGAACGAAUGGAACGAGCAACUCACGAUAGGCGAACGUUCGGGUCUCCUGGUCAAAAUGACAUCUUCCCUGCGCCCCAGUUUGUACGGCUCCAGCCAAAAGCUGGUCCAAUUUGAGCUCGACGCAUAUCAUCAGAAUGAGCCAGCGGGUAGAGGUCCGACUCUCAUCGAGACUGUGAUUCGCCAAGGAGAACCAGAAAUUUUGCACGAUCUGUGUCAGAAGACAGCAGAUGCUGGAGUCAGUCUUGACCGGGCAAUAGCAGCUGAAUGUAAGACAGCACUCCAUAUAGCGGUCUUACACGGAAAGACUUGGGCAGUCCGAGAGCUUCUGCAAGCCGGCGCUGAUCCUGACGCUAUGUACAAUCAAGGCCAAACAGCGCUUCAUCUUGUAGCCCAACGGCGGACGUCUCGCGGACAACCCCUAGUAGACCAUGAAUGGGACUCUAGCUUAGAGAUGGCAACACUUUUGCUCGAGGCAGGUGCCGACACGGAUGUAAGAGACCAGAGCGGCAGGGUCGCACUUGAAUGCGCAUCAACUAGCCUGAGGCCCUUGCUGCAAGUUCUAUAUGCGAGAUUGUGUGGGAGCUCGUAGCGUAUCCAGUGCUCAAGUCGAUCAUGGCGGGCGUCGGAGACCAUAGGUAGUUGCUGACAUGUAGUCAAACCAAUGGAGUUUGGACGAGAAACGUGAACAGGUCUCGCAUUGAUGUUCACAGAGAGUUUGGACAUGACAGGUUUGCACUUGCAUGAGGAAUGAGUGAAGCUUCGGCCCGAAGCCCCACCAACCUGACCUCCGACUUCACGUCUGGCCAUCAGUACAUCGUUCUUC